UUCUGUAUUCCAAUCAUCUUUGGAUGCCCAACAAAGAUUAAACAAGAAGGUGGCGGUCAAGCUCACGUAUGUCCCCGCUGUCAUAACGCUCAAGUCGUAACAGGUAAAAGUCGAACUUGGUUUGAAGUUUGUUGGAUUCCAUUGAUCCCAUUCAAAGCCAAACAUAUCUACAUUUGUGGAAUUUGUCAAUGGCAAGCACCACAAGAUGGUCAAUAUCAACCACAAGUUGCAGGCCAGCCAGGGUAUGCUCAACCG